AUGCAGAGCGCGAAGCACAGAGUGACUCACCGCAGCGACGCCGCGGAAGGCCAGGGCGACGAGGCCGUUCUCUUGCCCGCGCUCGCACCCUUUAAUACCGGCAGCAAGCUCACCGAUUCCCCAGCCCCCAGCAGCCCGCAACUCAAGGCCGCGCGCUCCGCUAAUCGCCCGAAAAUCGCCGCUUGCCUCUCCCUCGCCUGGGCCAUUCUCGCCACCAUAGUCGCUGCGGUCUCGAUCUCGUUACACGUGGCGGAGCCUCCGCCGUGGAUCUUGGUUGCCUUGCAGUUGACGCCGUCGGAUCCCGGAUCGACGGCUGACGUGCGGAAUUGUAGCGACUGGAUCUCGAAGCCAGCGGCAACGGUCGGUGCUGAAGACCCGUGGGAAGCAACCAAGUGGAUACCGCGCAUGUCGCCAUGUCCAGUAGCGGGGCUGCCUAUAGAGGAGCUGGACGAGCACCUCAACUUCCGCCGCGGGUACUCGCUGGGCUUCGUGGACGACGCGGAGGACAAGACACACAUCCUGCCCGUGCUGCGAGCUGUGCUGGACCCUGCCAUGCACGCCAGGAAGCGACGCGUCCUGAUAGACCUGGGGGGGCGGUUCUUCAACUCGAGCGUCACGUGGUUCCUGCAGUCGUACCCGCUCGACUUCACAGAAAUUCAUGCCGUGGAGGUGCGACAGGGCGUCUUUCAAGUGCCCGCGCCCAGCCAUAAGACCAUACGCGCCAACAUGAGUUAUCGCAGUCGCCUGCGCCCGCUCCACACAGGCCCGGCGGACUUCCCUCCCUGGCUGCUCGCCCGAGUGCACUCCCACCGCUUCAUGGCCUCGGCUAUUGACAACGCUGGGAAGAACAUAGUGAACGUGACGCGAUGGCUGCUGGAGGAGCUGCAGGUGACGCCAGAGGAUACGGUGGUGGUGAAGAUGGAUAUAGAGGGGUCCGAGUGGGCCAUCUUCCAAGGGAGGAGGAGUAGGUGCGUGGCGCGUGUGAGGCACAGGGCAGAGGCGCACACCAGAGGUGCAGCUGACGCCAGAGGACACGGUGGUGGUGGAGAUGGAUAUAGAGGGGUCCGAGUGGGACAUCUUCCAAGGUGGGAGGGUGGGGCGAGCAGUGUGGGAUGGGGCGAGCAGUGUGGGAUGGGGCGAGCAGUGUGGGCUGGGGCGAGCAGUGUGGGAUGGGGCGAGCAGUGUGGGAUGGGGCGAGCAGUGUGGGAUGGGGCGAGCAGUGUGGGAUGGGGCGAGCAGUGUGGGAUGAGGCGAGCAGUGUGGGAUGGGGCGAGCAGUGUGGGAUGGGGCGAGCAGUGUGGGAUGGGGCGAGCAGUGUGGGAUGGGGCGAGCAGUGUGGGAUGGGGCAGCCUGGGUGGAGUGUGGGAUGGGGCAGCCUGGCUGGAGUGUGGGAUGGGGCAGCCUGGCUGGAGUGUGGGAUGGGGCAGCCUGGCUGGAGUGUGGGAUGGGGCAGCCUGGGUGGAGUGUGGGGUGGGGCAGCCUGGGUGGAGUGUGGGGUGGGGCAGCCUGGGUGGAGUGUGGGGUGGGGCAGCCUGGCUGGAGUGUGGGAUGGGGCAGCCUGGCUGGAGUGUGGGAUGGGGCAGCCUGGCUGGAGUGUGGGAUGGGGCAGCCUGGGUGGAGUGUGGGAUGGGGCAGCCUGGGUGGAGUGUUUGUCGAGCCUGGUUAGAGUCCCCUCUCAUGGCACAAGUGAUAGACGAGCUAUUGGUGGAGCCUGGCUUGCUGGAGUCUCCUUUCAUGCCACGGGUGAUAGACAAGCUGUUCGUGAAGGCGCACGGCAACCACCCCUUUACAGCCAACCACCCUCUGUCGCCCUCUCUGUUCCUCUGCCACCCCCCCGUCUCUUUUUGCUAUGUGCAGCGUGGCUGGAUUCCCCCCUCAUGGCACGCACGAGUAAUCGAUGAGGCACUCAUGAAGCGUGUCUGGAGUCCCCCCUCAUGGCACGCACGAGUAAUCAAUGAGCUGUUUGUCGAGGUGCAUUACAAUCACCACCCCUCCAUGCCCAAUCAUCCUCCCCUCCCCGUUUCCCCUCCUCACCCACUGUUGUACUCUCUCCUUGUGUUGCGUACAGCCUGGUUGGACUCACCUCUCAUGCCACGGGUGAUAGACGAGCUAUUCGUGGAGGUGCAUUACAACCACCCCUCCAUGCACUUCUUCUCCCUCAUUUCCCUCUCCAUUUCCUUGCCCUCACCACCCCUGUCUCUGUGUGUGUGGGGUGCAGCCUGGUUGGACUCACCUCUCAUGCCACGGGUGAUAGACGAGAUAUUCGUGGAGGUGCAUUACAACCACCCCUCCAUGCACUUCUUCACGUGGACGCCGCGCAACUUCCCGCACUCGAGGCAGCAAGCAGGCCAGCUGCUCAACGCCAUGCGCAGUGCAGGGUACUAUGUGCAUGCCUGGCCUUGA